GUUGCCAUUAUCUAGAAAUGUCAAUAGGAGUUAUUUUCAUUUGAGGUUAUUGUAUGGUCUUCGGUUUUUAGAAAAAUCAAAAUGAAUGGGCAACUUUUAAAAGUGUUAAGCCCCUUAGUUUCGACUAUUAGGUCGAAAGGCUACAAAGCACCGGGUGGGAUUCGAUAUCCAGGAGGCAUCGUGUACUACCCAAGAUAUCCUGAUCACAAAGACCCUGAAUAUACGCCUACUAAAUUAUUUAGAGUGGAACGAAUCAAACCCAGUAAACACCAGCCGCAUUACCUCAAGUCUAUCCUUCGGGAAUUUAACAUUUUGGAGGAAUGUCACAAUACUGUUACAGUAGUAAAAAAUAUUCCCGAAAUAAACAUGAGACUAUGGAAAGUAAAACAUUUGAUAAAAGUUACACCGAUUGUAUUUCCUUAUGGAGAACCAACUAAAGAAGACAUAAACUACACAGUUCUGAAGGAAAAUGGUCAAUGUAUUGUUACCAAGUCAAUUACUCCCAAACCAGAGCAAAUUGAAUCUUUAGAACAAUUUGAUAAGAGUGAGAAGAAAAUGGAUGGAGAGACAUUGAGGAAGGAUUCAAGAUAUAAAUGGAAUAAUGCAUUUAAUGGAGGAUUCUAAUUGUAUUGCAUUGUAAUUUAGUAUUUUAGUGUACAAAAUAAAAGUUAUGUUAUAAGCU